GAUCAAGGUCUGAAACUUAGACUGAAAAGGACAGAAAAGUACAUACAAAGAGGUGUUUAUACAGGUGGGAAAAAAUCCAUCCAAGUUCAGAAAGAUGUCGAACUCGGAGACCAUUGAACUGGCUUGUCUUGGCCGCCCUUUUCAAUUAGGAAUGCUUUAUGACUGCCGAAGAGAUUGCCUCAUUCCAGGAAUAACCCUUUGGGAUGCUGAGAUGCUGCAGAAGAAUAUUAAUGUACGACCACAGCCAAACACUGACUUUAAAAUUAUUGCCACAGAUUCAAGUGAAGACAAAGUCAAUGCCCUUAAUGUCUCUGCAUCUCUUGAAGCCAGCUUUCUGAGUGGAAUGGUCAGUGUAAAAGGAUCAGCAGACUAUUUAAAUGACAAGAAAUCAUCUAAACAUCAGUCUCGAGUCACCUUACAUUAUCAUACAACCUCACGCUUUGAGCAGUUAACUAUGGAGCAUCUUGGGGCAGGGAACGUAAAGCACUGCAAUAUAUUUCAGGAGGGCUCAGCCACACAUGUUGUUACGGCUCUACUGUAUGGAGCUCAAGCAUUCUUUAUUUUUGAUCGCGAGGUUUCGUCCAAUGAAAACCAUCAAAAUAUACAAGGUGAACUCCAAGCAUCAAUCAAAAAGAUACCUUUCAUAUCAGUAGAGGGCCAGGCAUCUUUGAAAAUGAAAGAAAUGGAACAAGAGAAAAUUGACAAGUUCAGCUGCACUUUUCAUGGAGAUUUUGCUCUGGAAAACAAUCCGGUCUCCUAUAUGGAUGCCAUCAAGGUGUACUCAGAGCUACCAAAACUGUUGGGAGAAAAUGGAGAAAAUGCUGUGCCCAUGACCGUGUGGCUUUACCCUCUAAAAAAACUAGAUUCAGCAGCCGCUCAGUUAGUCAGGGAGAUCAGUGUUAGCCUAAUACGACGAGUCCAACGAAUCAUGGAUGAAAUGCAUAACUGUGACAUUCAAUGUCAAGAUCUGAUGAGGGACAGUAUUGCCAUUCAAUUCCCUGAAAUCGCAGCUAAGAUCAGAAAAUGUAAAGACUUCUGUUCAGAUUAUAAAAUUGUUUUUCAGAAACAUCUCUGCAGGGUUCUUCCAUCCAUAAGGGGUGGAGGUAAAGAAGAACAGGAGCUUGCUGAUGCCCUGAAUGACAAAGAAAGAUCCCCAUUUCAGGGUGCUCUGGUAACCAAGUAUCUAAAUGAGCGAGAGCGAGAGAUGAAUGUUGUUAGAUCGUACCUUGACAUCAUGAAAGAUGUUACUGUUCUUUCAUCCAGCAACGAAUUGGACAAAGUUGUCUUGAAGGCAUCCAAUAACUAUGUGAUAGCUUUUGCACUCACCUCCUUAAAUGAAAAGGAACUGUACCUUUCAGACUUGGAGAAUUACCUGAAGGCACAAUCUAGUAACAAUGGAGAGCAAAUAAGUUAUGAUCAAAACUCCUCAAAGAAGACAGGGAACUGGUUUUCAUCAGGAGAUGCAACUACACUGACCAGGGAAACCAUACAGGCCUUCCUAGAUUUCAAAGAAGCCAAUAAAGGAAGGACAAACAUUGAAUUUUGCAUUGCAUCAAUCCCAGAUGAACUCAGCACUGCCUCUUCAAUUCAUGUUUAUGAAAGGGGGAGACUCAUCAGCUCACAGUAUGAGCUUCCCUCAAAACCACCAAUGCCGGUUUUCUUGAGUGUUGAGCAUGACUGCAUACAUCUGCAAAUCAAACCUCCUGACCGCGGGGUUAGCUGUGUGGACUCAUACUGUAUUUUAUAUCAGUCUGCACAGAGCUCUGAAUGGACAGAGAUGUAUACUGAUGGGGUUUCAGAUCAGGUCACCGUCAAGCAGUUAAAACCACAGAAAGAGUAUUGUUUUACCUGCAAAGCUGUGUGCCGUCCAGGAGUAAGUCUGACAAGUGACACAACAUCCUUCUUCAGGACUCGUCCAUGUGCUCCUCCCGGAGCACCUACAUUGAAACAGGUAGAAUCUGAGACGGCAACUGUAGUCUGGGAUGUUCCUACAUCUGUGGGUGAGGAUGUUCUGGUCACCGGAUACGUGUUGGAGUUCAGAGAAUGCGCAAAGGAUCAGGAAAAUGAAAAACCUUGGAAGUCUGUGAAAUCUACAAACAGGGAGUGCACUCUUCAGGGACUGAAACAAGACACAGCUUACACAGUCAGAGUUUUUGCAAACUGUGGUAAUGAUGGAGUGAGUCUCCCCAGUCCUGAAACUGUGUUUUCGGCCAGUUUUAAGGGUAAAGAAACAAAUAAGGAUGGGAGUGGGUUGUUCUUGAAUCAGUCUUCACGAAUAAAAAAGGGCAAUCCAUCAAUCUAUUCACUGACACUACACCAAAAAAUGGCAGAGAAUGUAAGUUUUAAUCAGUAUGUUUUCGGAAGAAAAGUGGAGGAUGUGAAAAACAAAGUAAUUCUUCUUUUGGGAUCAACAGGUGCAGGAAAAACCACGCUCAUUAAUGUGAUGGCCAAUUACAUACUAGGUGUAAAAUGUCAGGAUACAUAUCGCUUCAAACUAAUCAAUGAAGUGACCAAUCGCACACAGGCCGAGAGUCAGACAUCUAUUGUCUCAUCUUUUGAGCUGUACAAUCAGCCUGGCUUUGAAAUUCCCUACUCCCUCACAAUUGUAGACACACCAGGAUUUGGUGAUACAAGAGGAAUCGCGCACGAUAAACUGAUUACAGAGCAGAUUAAAAGCUUUCUCUGUAGCCCUUUGGGAAUCGAUCACAUUGAUGCCGUCUGCUUCGUUGUCCAGGCCUCUCUUGCCCGCCUUAGUGCCAACCAGAGGUACAUCUUUGACUCAGUCUUGUCCAUUUUUGGCAAAGACAUUGCAGAGAACAUCAUAGUUUUAGUGACAUUUGCAGAUGGUAAAGACAUCCCAGUUCUAGAAGCCAUCAAAGCAGCAGAUCUGCCCUGUCAAAAGAACAAAAAGGGACAACCCACCCAUUUCAAGUUCAACAAUUCAGCUGUGUACGCUGACAAAAAAAUAGCAGAGCCUACAACCUCUGACAAUGAUUCAGAUGAUGAUGAUGAUGAUGGAGGAGAUAAACUGAUAGAGCUUGUCUGGGACAAAACCUUUAAACAGAUGAAGGCUUUUUUCAAGACACUUGGGGACAUUGAAAGUAAAGAUCUGACAAUGACUAUAAAGGUCUUGGAGGAACGAGAGCGUCUUGAGAAAGCCAUGGCAAGUCUGACCCCUCAAAUAACCGCUGGUCUCUCUAAAAUGAGUGAAAUCAAAAAAUUCAAGCAAUGUUUGGAAAGUGAGAGUGACAACAUGGCACAAAAUGAGAAUUUUGAACAAGAGGUAGAGGUGAUGAAAGCAAACAGAACCCCUGUGAACUGUUUUACCAUGAAUUGCAACACUUGCUUCUUCACAUGUCACUCCAACUGCUUCCUCCCUGCAGAAGAUGCUGUGAAAACUUGUGCUGUGAUGGAGAAUGACCACUGCAUUAUCUGCCCUGAAAACUGCCAUUACUCUGCUCAUUCAAGGGAAAAUUUCAUGUGGACAUAUGAAACAAAAAUAGAGAAAAAAACCGUUAAAGAGCUAAAAGACAACUUCAUGGCUGCUAAAGGAAGGUUCAUGGACUCAAAGCAAAUGCUUGAUGCACUUGAAAACGAACUCCAUGGAAUUGAGGACAGACUAAUGAAGCUGAUUAAACUGUCCUCUGAUUGCUUAAGAAGACUAGAUGAAAUUGCACUGAAGUCAAAAUCUCUCUCCACAGCCGAAUAUCUUGAAAUCCUGAUUAAAACCGAGAAGGAGGAGAAAAGUCCUGGCUUUGAGGACCGCAUUGUUGGACUCGAGAAGAUGAAACAAGAAACACUUAUCCUGGAAAAGAUUGCUAAAGGAGAAAGUUUGCUCGAAAGGGAACACAAGAUCAUGGUGGAGAGAGAGAAGCGAAUGAAGACAGUUGCCCAGAAAAUUCUGAAAAUCAAGAAAGCUAUUAGUGCCUUAUAGCCACAGAGCAAUCAGGAAACAUACGAUCAAAGUAUGCAAGUGCCUGACUCGAUGGCCAGGAGAUGUCCUAAACCAAAUCAAAGCUGAUUAUUAUAAGAGAAUUAGGAAAAAAUGUUAAUUUGCUAAACAUGGUGUUGCUGAACAAACAUGAAUGCUUCAUUUGCAUGUGGAUCAAACUUUAUCAAUAAAAGAGAACAUCAAUAAAACUGAAUUUAUCAGUAA